GAGAGAGCGAGCGCCGGCCAGCUCACCCGGCCGCCCCGUGCCCCAGCCGCCGCCGCGCUCCCGAGCCCGGCCCCAAGCCGGACCUCCCCGGGCGCCGUGCCCCACUGCGCUCGCCCCAGGUCCCGGACCCGGCCCGCGCCCCGGUCCCGGGGCCAGCGGGCCCAGGGGGCGCUCCGCACCUGGGCACUCCGAGCGAUGCGCAGCGGGGUAGCGCCGGCCCCGCCGAUGGAGCUGCUGCCGCCGCCGCCGCCCGGCGCGCCCCGCUCCGCCCGCGCCCCGUGCGCCUGAGCGCCGAGCUCGCUCCUCCUCCGCGCCAACUCCACCGCCCACUCCCCAGGCCGCUCGUGCUCCCUGCGCGCCUCCCCGGGCUCCACGCGUCUUGCCCCGCCAAGGCAGCCUCCUCCGGGCCCGGGCCCCUGCACACCAUGGCCCCCGGGCGGACAGGGGCCGGCGCCGCCGUGCGCGCCCGCCUGGCGCUGGCCUUGGCGCUGGCGAGCGUCCUGAGUGGGCCCCCCGCCACCGCCUGCCCCACCAAGUGUACCUGCUCUGCCGCCAGCGUGGACUGCCACGGGCUGGGCCUCCGGACGGUUCCCCGGGGUAUCCCCCGCAACGCCGAGCGCCUUGACCUGGACAGAAAUAAUAUCACCAGGAUCACCAAGAUGGACUUUGCUGGACUCAAGAACCUCCGUGUCUUGCAUCUGGAAGACAACCAGGUCAGCGUCAUUGAGAGAGGCGCCUUCCAGGAUCUGAAGCAGCUGGAGCGAUUGCGCCUGAACAAGAAUAAGCUCCAAGUCCUUCCAGAACUGCUUUUCCAGAGCACACCGAAGCUCACCAGACUAGAUCUGAGCGAAAACAGGAUCCUGGGGAUCCCGAGGAAGGCGUUCCGCGGCAUCGCCGACGUGAAGAACCUGCAACUGGACAACAACCACAUCAGCUGCAUUGAAGAUGGAGCCUUCCGGGCGCUGCGCGAUUUGGAGAUUCUCACACUCAACAACAACAACAUUAGCCGCAUCCUGGUCACUAGCUUCAACCACAUGCCGAAGAUUCGAACUCUGCGUCUCCACUCCAACAACCUGUACUGUGACUGCCACCUGGCCUGGCUCUCGGAUUGGCUGCGACAGCGGCGGACGAUUGGCCAGUUCACACUCUGCAUGGCUCCUGUGCACCUGCGGGGCUUCAACGUGGCGGACGUGCAGAAGAAGGAGUACGUGUGCCCAGGCCCCCACUCGGAGCCUCCGUCCUGCAAUGCCAACUCCAUCUCCUGCCCUUCGUCCUGCACGUGCAGUAAUAACAUCGUGGACUGUCGAGGAAAGGGCUUGACCGAGAUCCCUGCCAACCUGCCAGAGGGUAUCGUCGAAAUACGCCUGGAGCAGAACUCCAUCAAAUCCAUCCCUGCUGGAGCCUUCACCCAGUACAAGAAACUGAAGCGAAUAGACAUCAGCAAGAAUCAGAUAUCGGACAUUGCUCCAGAUGCCUUCCAGGGUCUGAGAUCACUCACAUCACUGGUGCUCUAUGGGAACAAGAUCACUGAGAUUGCCAAGGGACUGUUUGACGGGCUGGUGUCCCUACAGCUGCUCCUCCUCAAUGCCAACAAGAUCAACUGCCUGCGGGUGAACACCUUCCAGGACCUGCAGAACCUCAACCUGCUCUCCCUGUACGACAACAAGCUGCAGACCAUCAGCAAAGGGCUUUUUGCCCCUCUGCAGGCCAUCCAGACACUCCACUUAGCCCAAAACCCAUUUGUGUGCGACUGCCACUUGAGGUGGCUGGCCGACUACCUCCAGGACAACCCCAUCGAGACCAGCGGGGCCCGCUGCAGCAGCCCGCGCCGGCUGGCCAACAAGCGCCUCAGCCAGAUCAAGAGCAAGAAGUUCCGCUGCUCAGGCUCAGAGGAUUACCGCAGCAGGUUCAGCAGCGAGUGCUUCAUGGACCUCGUGUGCCCCGAGAAGUGCCAUUGUGAGGGCACCAUUGUGGAUUGCUCCAACCAGAAGCUGGCCCGCAUCCCAAGCCACCUCCCUGAAUACGCCACCGAUCUGCGACUGAACGACAAUGAGAUAUCUGUUCUAGAGGCCACUGGUGUCUUCAAGAAGUUACCCAACCUGCGGAAAAUAAACCUGAGUAACAACAAGAUUAAGGAGGUGAGGGAAGGUGCCUUUGAUGGAGCAGCCAGCGUGCAGGAGCUGAUGCUGACAGGCAACCAGCUGGAGACAAUGCACGGGCGCAUGUUCCGUGGCCUCAGCGGCCUCAAGACCUUGAUGCUGAGGAGUAACCUGAUCAGCUGUGUGAGCAAUGACACCUUUGCUGGCCUGAGUUCAGUGAGGCUGCUGUCCCUCUAUGACAAUCGGAUCACCACCAUCACCCCCGGAGCCUUCACCACGCUUGUCUCCCUGUCCACCAUAAACCUGCUGUCCAACCCUUUCAACUGCAACUGUCACCUGGCCUGGCUCGGCAAGUGGUUGAGGAAGAGGCGGAUCGUGAGUGGGAACCCCCGGUGCCAGAAGCCGUUCUUCCUCAAGGAGAUUCCCAUCCAGGACGUGGCCAUCCAGGACUUCACCUGUGAAGGCAACGAAGAGAGUAGCUGUCAGCUGGGCCCACGCUGCCCCGAGCAGUGCACCUGCAUGGAGACCGUGGUGCGAUGCAGCAACAAGGGGCUCCGCCUCCUCCCCAAAGGCAUUCCCAAGGACGUGACCGAGCUGUACCUGGAAGGAAACCACUUAACAGCCGUGCCCAAGGAGCUGUCUGCCCUCAGACACCUGACACUUAUUGACCUGAGCAACAACAGCAUUGGCGUGCUGACCAAUUAUACCUUCAGUAACAUGUCUCACCUCUCCACCCUCAUCCUGAGCUACAACCGGCUACGAUGCAUCCCCAUCCACGCCUUCAAUGGGCUGCGGUCCCUCCGAGUGCUCACCCUCCAUGGCAACGACAUUUCCAGCGUUCCCGAAGGCUCCUUCAAUGACCUGACCUCUCUGUCCCAUCUGGCUCUGGGAACCAACCCACUCCACUGUGACUGCAGUCUGCGUUGGCUGUCAGAGUGGGUAAAGGCGGGCUACAAGGAGCCUGGCAUCGCCCGCUGCAGUAGCCCCGAGCCCAUGGCCGACAGACUUCUGCUCACCACCCCUACCCACCGAUUCCAGUGCAAAGGGCCAGUGGACAUCAACAUUGUGGCCAAGUGCAAUGCCUGUCUCUCCAGCCCAUGCAAGAACAAUGGGACGUGCAGCCAGGAUCCCGUGGAGCUGUACCACUGCGCCUGCCCCUAUGGCUACAAGGGCAAAGACUGCACCGUGCCCAUCAACACCUGCAUCCAGAACCCCUGUCAGCACGGAGGCACCUGCCACCUGAGCGAGGGCCACAAGGAUGGGUUCAGCUGCUCCUGCCCUCUUGGCUUUGAGGGGCAGCGGUGUGAGAUCAACCCAGACGACUGCGAGGACAAUGACUGCGAGAACAAUGCCACUUGUGUGGACGGCAUCAACAACUAUGUGUGUGUCUGCCCACCAAACUACACAGGUGAGCUGUGCGAUGAGGUGAUUGACCACUGCGUGCCCGGGACGAACCUCUGUCAGCAUGAGGCCAAGUGCAUCUCGCUGGACAAAGGAUUCAGGUGCGAAUGUCUCCCCGGCUACAGUGGGAAGCUCUGUGAGGUGGACAAUGAUGACUGCACAGCCCACAGGUGUCGCCACGGGGCCCAGUGCAUGGACGCGGUCAAUGGCUACACGUGCAUCUGCCCCCAGGGCUUCAGCGGGCUCUUCUGUGAGCACCCCCCACCCAUGGUCCUGCUGCAGACCAGCCCCUGUGACCAGUACGAGUGCCAGAACGGGGCCCAGUGCAUCGUGGUGCAGCAGGAGCCCACCUGCCGCUGCCCCCCAGGCUUCGUGGGCCCGAGGUGCGAGAAGCUCAUCACCGUCAACUUUGUGGGCAAGGACUCCUAUGUGGAAUUGGCCUCCGCCAAGGUCCGGCCCCAGGCCAACAUCUCCCUGCAGGUGGCCACUGACAAGGACAAUGGCAUCCUUCUCUACAAGGGAGACAAUGACCCCCUGGCGCUGGAGCUGUACCAGGGCCACGUGAGGCUCGUCUACGACAGCCUGAGCUCUCCGCCAACCACGGUGUACAGCGUGGAGACUGUGAAUGACGGACGGUUCCACAGCGUGGAGCUGGUGAUGCUAAACCAGACCCUGAACCUGGUGGUGGACAAAGGCACCCCCAAGAGCCUGGGCAAGCUCCAGAAGCAGCCGGCAGUGGGCAUCAACAGCCCCCUCUACCUGGGAGGCAUCCCCACCUCCACGGGCCUCUCAGCCUUGCGCCAGGGCACAGACCGGCCGCUGGGCGGCUUCCAUGGCUGCAUCCACGAGGUGCGCAUCAACAACGAGCUGCAGGACUUCAAGGCCCUCCCACCGCAGUCCCUGGGGGUCUCGCCUGGCUGCAAGUCCUGCACGGUGUGCAAGCACGGCCUGUGCCGCUCGGUGGAGAAGGACAGCGUGGUGUGCGAGUGCCACCCGGGCUGGACCGGCCCACUCUGCGACCAGGAGGCCUGGGACCCCUGCCUCGGCCACAGCUGCAACCACGGAAAAUGUGUGGCAACCAGGACCUCCUAUGUGUGCAAGUGUGCAGAGGGCUAUGGAGGGGCCUUGUGUGACCACAAGAAUGACUCUGCCUGCUCAGUCUUCAAGUGUCACCACGGGCAGUGCCAUGUCUCAGAUCAAGGGGAGCCCUACUGCCUGUGCCAGCCGGGCUUUAGUGGGGAGCACUGCGAACAAGAGAAUGCAUGCCUGGGCGAGGUGGUCCGAGAGGUCAUCCGCCGCCAGAAAGGUUACGCGUCAUGUGCCACGCCCUCCAAGGUGCCCAUAAUGGAAUGUCGCGGGGGGUGUGGGCCCCAGUGCUGCCAGCCCACCCGCAGCAAGCGUCGGAAAUACGUCUUCCAGUGCACAGACGGCUCCUCCUUCGUAGAAGAGGUGGAGAGACACUUAGAAUGCGGCUGCCGCCCGUGUUCCUAAGCCCCUCUGCCCCCGACCCCUCUCAGACUCCAGCUUAGUGGGGCUGGGAGCAGCCACGUGGGACGCCCCCCCUCGAGAUUCAGAGUGAAGAAGUGGAAGCUGGAGAGGAAGCAAAAGAAGAAGAGAAUAUUAAGUAUAUUGUAAAAUAAACAAAAAAUAGAACUUAUUUUUAUUAUGGAAAGUGACUAUUUUCAUCUUUUAUUAUAUAAAUAUAUCACACCGUCUGAGUAUAUGUACCAUAUAGUGAGUUAUUUUUACCAAGUUUUUUGUUUCGUGUUGUGUUUUU